AUGUUCUCUUUCCGUCUUCGGACUACUCGAGGUUCAGGCCUCAAGAAAGAUAACAGGGAAGGCCAUGAAGGUGUCUGGAGGCACAGGGUUCGCUCUUGCCUUCAACGCCUGUGGCCAUUUUCCCAAAGGGGGAAAAAUUUGACCAAAGCAAGCCAAGGACAGGACCACACAGACCAGGGGAAGAGCUCUUCUGACACACAGGACACGAGAAAGCCCUGUAGACACUCAGACAUCAGUUCAGGGACUGUGGUUAAGCUGGUGAACAACUUGGUGCCUUCUCUGCAGAAAGGGGACCCCAGCUUUGUCCCUGCCUUUCUGUCCACAUACAGAAGAUUUGCCACCACCCUACAGGUACUGGACCUGCUGUUCCUGAGGUAUUCAUACUUCACAGCUGAUUCUGAGGAGGAUGAACAAGUAAAGAACACCCUCUGUAGCUUCCUGGAAACAUGGAUAGACAAGAACCCUGAGGACUUUUGUGACCCAUCAGAUCUGUUGCCUCUGGAAUACCUGAAGGCCUACUUGAGUGUGUACAUGCCCCACUGUGAUCUUAGUGUUCGUGUCAAGAAGCUGCUGACACAGUUGGAGGAAGAACGUGCCAAGGAUUCCCAGGCCAAAGAUGAGGAAGACUCAGAUCUGGGGAGACAUACUUCUUCAGAUCUAGAGAUUGAAUGGGUGUAA